GAGAUGUUCUGGAACAGUCGGGCCCCUUAUCGCUAUGCGUUCAUUAUUCACGUCUGGGUAUGUUUUUUUGGCACGUUUGGUGUCGUCUUCCAGUUCCUCCCUGCUGUUCUCAAAAACUACAUAUCCCUGCACCGUUUGAACGGUUAUAUCACUCUUCUGCUCACGGGUAUCAACGUCGCUACGGGAUGGACGCAGCUGAUGUUCUAUGUUCUCGGUUUAUUGACUCUUAUUUCUGCGACUCUGGGAAUGAUCUAUGUUCGUGACAUCAGGCAGCAUCGGAAAUGGAUGCUUCGCAUGACUUCCAUGUUGGGAGUUAUCGUCAGUGGACGCGUCAUUAUGCUGGCUGCUCGUGCCAUCAUUACUAACAUCGGCACGUUCUAUGCUCUCUUCAAUUGUGAGGAGAUUCAAGCAUUGAUACAUUCGGUAUCUAGCUACCCUGCCUGCGUGGCAGCGCAGCAAGCCAACACGAACUUCAGCUCCGUGUAUGUGGGCAUCCAUGCAUCCAUGCAUGGGGACAAGGUCAACCGCGGUGCAGUUGCCCGCCUGGCGUCUCCAGUGGGUUUAUGGACGGCGCUCAUCAUUCAUAUUAUUGGCGUGGAGAUAUAUAUUCGUUUGACCGAAAAACAAAACAACCAUGCUGAAGGUUUUCUCCUCACAAGAAAGGAAAACCCUUAUGGUCCGAUCGGGAAUCCUUGAUGGAAGAUCCACCCGUUUGAUGAGUGCCAAGCUCAUGAUUGAUGGUAUGCGAGCGGAUGUAUGUCAGUACAGGCUUCCUCGAUUCCUACGUUAUUUGGGCCUGAAGCCCACGCCUAGCAAGUUGCCCCUGUCCGUUUCCCCUUGGGGGGGGGUGAAUGGGGAUGUUUUAGUUAUGAUCAUGACCUUAUGUUCGUACAUAAUAUAAUUGCAGCUAUUGGCUAUGUUGG